AUGGGCGGCGGCGACGUGUGGAACGCCCUGCGCGGGCAGGUCGUGCACACGGGGAAGCACGCGGAGGUGUGGGAGAACAUGGACAAGUUCGACCGCGGCCGACGCGAGGCCGCGGACGCGGCCGCGCGAGGAGGAGGAGAUCGAGGAUCCGAUCGAGGAGGAAGAGAGGGAGGAGGAUCCGCAUCCGCCGAUGGGAACGUCGGCGGGUACAGGAAAGUCCGCGGCCCGGACGGGCAGAUGAUGUCCGGGGCGCAGAUGAGGAACGCGCGGAACGCGGAGGGGACCGUCGACUGGAAGGAAAAGUUCAGCAACGACACGCGCUUCUCGAGCGCGAUCGGGUCGACGCGCUCGAAGAAGGACAAAGUCGUGGACAUCGACAAGAUGGCCGCGGCGGCGAAGGCGUACGCCGCGGCGCAGCGCGCGAAGGCGGAGGCGGAGGGAUGCGGCGGCGGGGACGGCGGCGAGGACGCCGGCGGUCGCGGCGACGUCGCCGCGGGCGAGAAGAGGAAGAGGGACGGCGGCGACGACGGACGCGAGCGCGCGACGAUCAUGACGACGACGAAUUCGACGAUUUUGACGGACGCCUCGGGCGCGACGGAGGACCGACCGCCGUUCGCGCUCAAGCCGGACGACCCCGCGCUCCUGAAGCGCGUGCAGAAGGUGGCGGAGUUCGUCGUGAAGAACGGUAAGAAGUUCGAGGACGUCACGCGCGAGAAGCAGCGGGACAACCGCGUCGAGUUUUCGUUCCUGUGGCCAGGCGGCGAAGGCGUGGACUACUACGCGUGGCUGAAGCACUGCCUGAAGAACGGGAUGAACCCGGAGACGCCUCCCGGGGUGGAGGGCGGCGGCGGGUUCGACGCCGCGAAGCUCGCGGAGGCGGCGAGGCGCAUCGCGGAGGCCGCCGCGGCGACGGAGAGCGGCGGCGGUCGAAACGCCGCGCAGGCGGCCGUUACGAACGCGAACGUCGACGACGACGCGAAGAGGGCGUCUGCCGCGAAGACGAAGACGAAGACGUCCGCCGUCGUCGCCGCCGCCGCCGCCGCCGCCCCGGUCCCGGUCGUCGCGAAGGUGGGCGCGUGGCAGGCGGUGAAAGACGCCGAGGGGAAGACGUACUACUGGAACAAGGACACGGGCGCGACGACGUGGGACCCUCCGCCGGGGUUCUUGUGA